AUGGACGACCACUCAUGUUCACUAACUCUACCAAUAACGGUUGAAUUCAUGGGCGGUCUGGAGAUGCUCUUCAACAACCAGCGCACAUUAAGCAUCAGCGUACCGGCGAAAAUGCCGCUGGCGGCAGGCGGCCAGGCUCCCACGACGCUCGGUUGGCUUAUAGUGCAUCUCUGUGCCGAGCACAUGACGGACGCGCGAAAGGACAUGUUCGUCCUUGACGGUCACGUCCGCCCAGGCAUCCUCGUCCUAAUCAAUGAUGCCGACUGGGAGCUGGAGGGCGAAGGUACAUACACACUGCAAGCUAAUGACAACAUACUUUUUGUCUCAACUCUUCACGGUGGUUGA